AUGGGCGUGCCACGUAUCGACGUCGAACCUCUCUUUACUGCCCUCAAAGCCGCUAUAGGCGAGAGCUGGCCAGAGUACAAGACCACUUUGAGCUCCUUCUUCUUAGGAAACCUCAACCAGGCCGAAUUGUCCCAAGUAACGGAUCGACUCCUCUCGUACGCACCGAGCGUCUCGUACAGCGGUGCUCUGGUCUCAACUGUCCAUCUACACAACAAAAUCUUUGGUGCUAUACACUCCAACAUAUACCGCGAUCCUCCACCGGAACCCGUUGCAUCAUGGGUGCUAGCUACCGAUGCUCCGGCCUCGGCCAGCGCGAACAAACUCGUUUCACAAGGUGGUGGUGACAAGGCCGAAGAAAGGCUAAAACGAGAAGUCAUGGCUCUAUCUGCUCGCGACAGGAGAAGGAUAAAGAGUGCCAAGGACAACCUUCCUGCUGUGCCUCCAUCAGGUCCUUUGCGCGAGAAUGCGACAUAUGCAACAGCCCUCACUGUUCCUGUCACCUCUUCCCAGAUACCUGACGCCAUACCAACCACUGCCACAUCUCUUAGCAAGACCAACUGGGACCUCGAGAUUCGCAGGCGAUAUGCUGUACCGCUAGCUUCUGAGACGCUAGACUUCCCAUCACGUGCAGACAUCCAAGCCCGCAUUGAGCCCAUCUGUUUCGAAGAAGGCGUAGGCUUAUCCGCAGUACCCAUGACAUCGGCCGCUCUACAGGCCAUAGCAGAGCUUGUCGAGGUCGCCACUGAAACAUAUAUCAAGGAGAAGCUGACAAAUUUCUUCUCCACAACACGCAGCAAUGCUCCUGGAGACUUGGGUCCAACAACAGCAAAGUUCCGCGCCCAGAUGCGUAGAGAGGAAGAUGCCGUCGAUCGAGGUCAGCUCAGCAGGAGUGCUGCAGGCUACUUGCCAAUCGAGCAAGAAGCUCUUGCCCGAAGGGAGCCGCUUAGCAUGGACGAGAUACGCAUGUCAAUGCGUCUAGAUGACACACGGCAUCGUCUUGAUCCUUUCCUGUCCCAAGAAAUCAUGGACAGUGUGGAAAUGGACAUGGUCGACACACCUAUGGCGCUCACUAACGGCGACCACCACGACUCAAUGGACAAAGAAGUAGACGGUGAUGCUGUCAUGACUGACGACAACGAUCUGGGCUGGGAAGGCGCAACUUCUGCUGAUAGAGACGCACUAUUUGGUGUACUGGAUGAUAUCCUUGCUCCGGGAGGGUCCUCUUAG